UUUCUAUUAAUGCAGGUAAAUUUUAUUUAACCCGAACAGAAUCAGGUCACUGAACUAAAACACCAGUCCGCAGCCGAGUGGACAAGGCAAAAUCCGAAUAACUGUAGGUGCCGUUUUACGCUUCUGUUCGUCUUUGUAGACGGGUUUGCAACUGAACGUAAUUCUGAUUCUGUGUGUUCUUGAUUGCGUCAAAUUGUUUGUUUGCAAUUAAUUUAGAGCUUAGAAGCUUAUGGUUAAUGUUUUUUGGUUUGGAACGAAGUUUAGUUAUUUUGCUGGCUAUAAUCUAAAGAAUUCUUGAAUUUUCUUGUGAAACCCUAUAUGCAAUUUUUGUCCAAGUUCAGUGGAAGUUAGUUGCUCCAGUUUUAUCAGGUACCCUUUUGAAAGAAAGAUAUUUGUGCUAGAGUUUUGAUUGUAUGUCUGCUCUAUGGAGAUUGAUCUUAAAUUGCCUUCGGGGAAGGACGGGAAGUUAAGCACAGGCGAGUUACAUCAUGAUAAUGAUGAUGAUGAUAAUAAUGAUAAUGAAGGGAAUGUGGCUGAUAAUGUUAUUGUGGGAGGUGGAGAUGGAGUUAAUGUGAAUGUGUUUGACGGUAAUAAGAGUGGGAUAAGUGGUUACAUGCCUCAAAAUGGUAUGGAAUUCGAGACGAAGGAGGACGCCUAUUCUUUCUAUAGGGAGUACGCACGGUCAGUUGGAUUUGGCAUCACGAUAAAAGCCAGUCGAAGAUCAAAGAAAUCUGGCAAGUUCAUUGAUAUAAAAAUUGCAUGUUCUAGAUUCGGGAGCAAGCGCCAGUCUAGCACGAGUAUUAGUACAAGGUCGUGUCCCAAGACGGACUGCAAAGCAAGCAUGCAUAUCAAGAAAAGGCCGGAGGGGAAGUGGUUUAUAUACAGUUUCGUGGAGGAGCAUAAUCAUGAAAUCAGUCCUGAUGACUUCUAUAAUGCAGUAAGGGGAAGGAAGAAUACAAAUCCUAAUGCUCUCUGCCAAAAGAAAGGCCUGCAGUUGGUGUUAGAUGAGAAAGCUGUCCAGUUAUUGCUUGAUUAUUUCAUGCACAUGCAAGCUGAGGCUCCAGGUUUCUACUAUGUAACUGAUUUUGACAAAGAAGGAUGUAUGAGAAAUGUAUUUUGGGUUGAUCUCAAAGGUAGGCAUGAUUAUGUACCUUUUAGUGAUGUGGUCUUCUUUGAUACUCAUUACAUAAGAAGCGAGUAUAACAUUCCUUUUGUACCUGUUAUUGGGGUGAAUCAUCAUUUUCAAUUCAUUUUGCUUGGAUGUGCCGUGAUUGGGGAAGAAACGCAGUCUACUCUUGUUUGGUUGAUGCGCUCUUGGCUUAGAGCAGUUGGUGGCUGUAGUCCCAAAGUGGUUAUAACCGACAAUGACAAGUCACUAACAGAAGCCACACUUGAAGUUUUUCCUGAUGCUUCCCAUUAUUUUUGCCCUUGGCAUGUGUUUGGGGGGGUUAUUCCAAAUUUAAGUCAUAAAUUGAGUGGAGUUGAAGUUUUUUUGGCAAAACUUAAAAAAUGCACUUACCGAUCCAUGACAGAUGAAGAAUUUGAAAAGAGGUGGCAGAAAAUGGUCAGUAAAUUUGAUCUCGGAGAUGAUAAGUGGAUUCAAUCUUUGUAUGAAGAUCGUAGAAAAUGGAUGCCUACUUACAUGAGGGAUGUGUUCCUUGGUGGAUUUUGUACAGUUGAGCGAUCCCAAAGCGUGGCCUCUUUCUUUGACAAGUACUUGCAGAAGGAAACUACAGUUGAGGAGUUCAUUGAUCAAUAUAAACUAUUUUUGCAUGAAAGCUGUGAAGAAGAACGUAAAGCAGAGAUUGAAGCUCAGCAUGCUCAGCCGACAUUGAUUUCUCAUUCACCUUUCGAGAAGCAAAUGUCUAAGCUUUACACUUAUACAAUAUAUACCAAGUUUCAAGCUGAAGUUUCAGGAAUAGUUGCUUGUACUGUUGGAAAGGAAGGUGAAGAUGAGAGAACCAUAACAUUUAGGGUGGAUGAUCUUGAAAUGAAGCAGAGCUUCACUGUAUCAUGGAAUAAAGGAAAAUCUGACGUAUGUUGUUUAUGCCAUUUGUUUGAGUAUAGCGGAUUUCUGUGUAGACAUGCUUUAUCAGUUCUCCAACUAUUAGGCAUUUCCACUGUCCCAUCUAAAUAUAUUCUCAAGCGAUGGACACGAAAAGCAAAAAUCAGAGAUACAACUUGUCUAGCAUCAACAAAUAUAAUCUUUAGGGUCCAGCGCCUCAAUGAUCUUUGUAAACUUGCUAUUAGACUGGGUGAAGAAGGCUCUUUAUCAGGGGAAGCUUACCAGGUUGCAUCUCAUGCUCUAGAAGAAGCUUUGGAGCGUUGUGCGGUCAUGAACAAUUCAAUGAAGUGUGUCCUAGAGACUAACAAGACUGCUUCUCAAGUUCUUUCAAAUGUUGGACAGAAAGAGGAUAACAGCAUCAUGAAGGCAUUAAAAACAAAGAAAGUUCCAAAGAAGCGAAAGGUGCAAGCUGAGGCUGAAUCAUUAUCCAUUAGAAUUCAGGACAGCAGCCAGGAUGUGGAGCAGUUGAACCAAAGAUCACUCAGCCUUCAUGACUCUUUCAUUUCUCCACAGGACUUGCAAGGGAUGGAAUUAGGCACCAGAAUCCCUGUAAUCAAUGGCUAUUAUGGUGUACAGCAGGGCAGUCAAGCUCUGGGGAAUUUGAAUUCUAUCUCUUCUCUGCAAGAUUACUACAGUGAUCAACCACUUAUGCAGGGUGUUCUGGGUAAUAUGAAUGCAGUUUCAGCACGUGUGAACCAUCAUACCACCCAACAGAAUCUGCAGGGACUGUUGCAGGGUCAGUUUAGUUUCAGGGUAUCGCCCUUGGAAGGCUGUUUUCAACUAAGGGAUGGCUUGCGCAAUGUAGAAACUUCAGUCAGUACGAUGUCAAAACACUUACGUGAUUAGCAUCUUGCUAUGUCUGGCUCCUCCAGUUCAGUAGAAUGGUAAUUUUAAGAAGACGAGGUGGUAGAUGAUUAACUUUGUCGAGCAAGCACUUGUGAAAUGCCUAUUGGUUUCUUGUAAGACACCGCCCUCUCUGGUGAACUGGAACUGGGCGCUCACGUCUUGAUGGGUUCUGCUUGGUAUGCUUUGAAAUGCAAGCUUACGCAUUAUUCACGAUGGAGAUGCAUCCAUUGUUUGCAUUCUUUGUUGGUUUGGACAAAACCAUGAAGAGGGCAGACUUGUCGGAUCAAGAGAAUGACAUCGAGAAAGAAGUGGUCAUACUCGAGCGUUCUCGUUACUUUCUAUGAUCAUUGUUGUGAAUAUUAUGUUAGCUUAUAGUGAGACCUUGAUGGGCAUCGACUGAGAUUGCCUCUGCUGCAUCAAGAUUCAAGUCUGGUAGUAUUUCUUAUGUAUAUGUUAAGUUGUAAGUACCAUAG